CAUUCGGUUUAGUAACACAAGAAACGAAUAACGUAAAUAUCGGUUGGUAGCUUAAAUUCAUUUGACAUGUAGACAUUAAAACGAAAAGAAAAGAAACACCUAGAAGAUCUCAUUAACUGUGUUUCAUCACUUAAUAACUCGAAAAAUUUCUUUGCCAUUUAGUAGUAUAGUUUCAUGGCAGCCCUCAUUGUUACAGUCUUAAUUUCCUAUGUCAAAAAUGAAGCAGAGUUCAGUUCUCCUGUGGCUUGGUAUAAACCUUGCAGCAGCAGCAACAAUCUGCUACGUUGUACUAGCUGUGCAUUAUCACCCUAAACAGAUUCCCACAAGAGUUCAACCUGCUGCUGACACUUCAUCCUCCCACAUUCAAGAUGGUCCCCACCAUCGUGUCAAUCUUAGAGAAAAGCUUACAUCUCACAAGCACAGAGUAAUUUCUCAACUGAGACAGUCCCUGCUUCAACAGAAAGUUUCGUCCAAACACUUCACGUUGAACCAGGCAAGGUUUUUUGGCACUAAGAAACUCAAAGAUUUAUCACCAUUGGUGUUACUGGAAAACCUUCAAAAUAGUCUCGAGAAAUCACAUUUUCACACUCUGACUUCCUCCACCAAUUUUUUUCCCAAAGAGAAGCAUUUACUCAGAAAUCCUCAAUCAUUCCAGCAACGUUAUGGCAGUUGUGCUAUCGUUUCUAGUGCAGGUGCACUACUUGAUUCCGAUUUGGGAAACUUCAUAGACAGCCACGAUUACGUUGUUCGUUUUAACAAUGCGCCUACAAUGGGAUUCGAAGUCGACGUUGGCAACAAGACAUCUUUACGGAUCCUCAAUUCACAGAUUCUGUCCAAACCACAAUUCAACUUCUUCAAUUCGUCCCUCUACAGAAACGUUUCUCUCCUCGUCUGGGACCCUUCCAAAUACAACGCGACUCUGGAGCAGUGGGCGUGCAAUCCCGAUUUCCCCUUCGUAGAUGCUUUCUUCUCAAGGAGAAGGCAAAUUCAAGACGAAGACUUGCACUUAAUGGACCCGCGAGGACUUUGGGACUUGUGGGAUUACCUAAGCUUACACAGCCCACUGCCCAUCCCACCUAACCCACCGUCAUCUGGAUUUAUUGGCCUCGCUUUGACACUGUCCUUCUGCGACUAUGUAGACAUGAUCGAGUUUGUCCCUUCGUUGCGGAUGACAAAGCGCUGUCAUUACUACGACACCAAUGAAGACGUAGGAUGCACUAUGGGUGAUUGGCACCCAUUAGCGGCAGAAAAGUUGCUUGUCCUUUCACUUAAUCCUGCAGACGACCACGCGAUUUUUGUUAAUGGAUAUGUCCGUAUUCCAGGAUUCCCUAGUCAGCUACAGCAAGAGUAGCGUUGUUUUAAACGUGUAUUUGUCGUAACUAAAUGACAUUACACGGUACCUUUUAACUUGCAA